GGCGCUGUCUGUCCGUCGGGAGGCCUGUACUUCCGGUCAGGCUCUGGCCGGGUGUCCACAGCUACUCGGAGGCAGCGGUCCCGAAGAGCCGGAGGCGGCCGGCCCUUAAGGGAGACGGCGGACGUUGUGUGGGCCCGGGGAGGGUCGGCGCAUUGAGGCCUCCGCUCCGCUCAGUCCUGCCGCCGCCCUGGCCGGGACUACGCUUCCCAGGGGGCGUUGCGGUGGCCGACCACGCCCACUUCCGGUGGCGGCCCCGGGCCCUGGUUCAGGCGGCUGGCGGGGUCGGGGGCUCGGCGGCCGCGGUGGGCGCGGCGCGGGGCGGGGCCCGCUGGACGCUGGGCGCGCCCGCGGUGGGUCGGGGGAACGAGCCCGCUCGCCGCGCCGAAAUGCAGGGGGCGGCGAGUGCGGGCAGGGGCGCGCCGGCCCGCGGGCGGGGGUCCCCACCGCGGCGCGGCGCUCCCCGCACAAAGCCCGGCGGGGGCCGAGGCCGGACUGCGGGGACCCCGGCUGCCUUCGCCCGCCCUGGCCGGGGAAGGCCGCGCGGGAGGAAUGGCUCCCCAUCCAGAGGCCAGCGAGGAGCGGUGAUCGCGGAGCCUGAGAACCGAGCUCUUCCUUCCAGGGACACUGCCCUUCUCCAGGAGAAGAGGCAGAAGCAGGAGGCAGCAGGGACAAGAGCGGAACUGAGAGCCAUGUCUCAGAGCUUGGUGACAUUUGGGGAUGUGGCUGUAGACUUCUCCCGGGAGGAGUGGGAGUGGCUGAGCUCUGCUCAGAGGACUCUGUACCGGACCGUGAUGCUGGAGAACUACAGGAACCUGGUGUCGCUGGGACUUUGCAUUUCUAAGCCCGAUAUGAUCUCCUCGUUGGAACAGAGGAAAGAGCCCUGGAUGGCGAAGAGAAAGUUGACAAGAGGCCGGUGUCCAGAUUUGAAGAUUGUCCCGGAGAUCAAGGAGUUGCCUGCAAAGAAGGACAUCACUAAAGAGAAGUUACCCCAGGCAGUGAUAAUGGGGAGACUCACAAACUACAGUCUGGAAUGUUCCAUUUUAGGGGAAAACUGGGAUUAUGGUGCCCUGUUUGAGAGGCAGCCGGGCCUGGUGGCCAUCGCGAAUGUGGCUGUAGACUUCUCCCCGCAGCUGGACCCAGCUCGGAAGAGCGUCUGUAAGAAUGUGAGAUGGGAAAGCCAUGGUGACCUGGGGUCAGUAGGACCCUGUGUUCCUAAGCCCGAUUUGGUCUCUCUGCUGGAGCAGGGGAGGGAGCCAUGGAUGGUGCGAACAGAGCUGACCAGGGGCCUGUGCCCAGGCCAACAAUCUAUAUGUGAGACCCAGGAAUUAUUUCCAAAGCAAGAUUCAUUUGCUGAGGUAACCGACAGAACUUCAAACCCAAAUGUGGAAUGUUCCACUUUUAGAGGAAAUUGGGAUUCCAAGGGUGUGUUCGAAAGGAAGCUGGUAGGUCGGGAGACACAAUUCAGGCAAGAGGCAAUCACUCAUAACAAAACCCUCUCUAAGGAAAGAGAACGUACUCUUAAUAAAUCUGGGAGAUGGUUUCAUUUGGACAUUUCAGAAGAGAGAGUUCAUAAUCGUGACUCAGUUAAGAAAAAUUUGCCCAAAAAUUCAGUGGUAAUAAAACAUACAGGAAUCUAUGCAGGAAAAAAACUUUUCAAAUGUAAUGAAUGUAAGAAAACUUUUACCCAGAGCUCAUCCCUUACUGUUCAUCAGAGAAUUCAUACUGGGGAGAAACCCUAUAAAUGUAACGAAUGUGGGAAGGCCUUCAGUGAUGGCUCAUCCUUUGCUAGACAUCAAAGAUGUCACACUGGCAAGAAGCCUUAUGAAUGUAUCGAAUGUGGGAAAGCUUUCAUACAGAACACAUCCCUUAUCCGUCACUGGAGAUAUUACCACACUGGGGAGAAACCCUUUGAUUGCAUCGAUUGUGGGAAAGCCUUCAGUGAUCACAUAGGACUCAAUCAGCACAGGAGGAUUCAUACUGGAGAGAAACCCUACAAAUGUGAUGUAUGUGACAAAUCCUUUAGAUAUGGCUCCUCCCUUACUGUGCAUCAAAGGAUUCAUACUGGAGAAAAACCAUAUGAGUGUGAUGUUUGCAGAAAAGCCUUCAGCCAUCACGCGUCACUCACUCAACAUCAGAGAGUACAUUCUGGAGAAAAACCUUUCAAAUGUAAAGAAUGCGGGAAAGCUUUCAGGCAGAACAUUCACCUUGCUAGUCAUCUGAGGAUCCAUACCGGAGAGAAACCCUUCGAAUGUGGGGAGUGCGGUAAAUCCUUCAGCAUCAGCUCUCAGCUGGCCACUCACCAGAGAAUUCAUACUGGAGAGAAGCCCUAUGAAUGUAAGGUUUGUAGUAAAGCCUUCACCCAGAAGGCUCACCUUGCACAGCACCAGAAAACUCACACAGGCGAGAAGCCGUACGAGUGUAAGGAAUGUGGGAAAGCCUUCAGCCAAACCACACACCUUAUUCAACACCAGAGGGUGCACACUGGAGAGAAACCCUAUAAGUGCAGCGAGUGUGGGAAGGCCUUUGGUGAUAACUCAUCCUGUUCUCAGCAUCAGAGGCUUCAUACUGGCCAAAGACCUUACGAAUGUAUCGAAUGUGGGAAGGCGUUCAAGACAAAGUCCUCGCUCAUUUGUCAUCGCAGAAGUCAUACUGGAGAGAAACCUUAUGAAUGUAGUGCCUGUGGCAAAGCCUUCAGCCAUCGUCAGUCCCUUAGUGUCCAUCAGAGAAUUCAUUCUGGAAAGAAACCUUAUGAAUGCAAAGAAUGUAGGAAAACCUUCAUCCAGAUCGGACACCUUAAUCAACAUAAGAGAGUCCACACUGGGGAGAGAUCCUAUAACUAUAAGAAAAGCAGGAAAGUCUUCAGGCAGACCGCACACCUUGCUCAUCAGAGAAUUCAUAGUGGGGAGCCUUCUGCACGCCCCUCUUUACCUUCCACAUCAAAUCCUGUGGAUCUCCUUCCCAGAUUUCUCUGGGGUCCAUCCUCGCUCCCAUCACCAUAGCCUCCAUCAGUUGAAAAACUGGUCCCUCUGGUCGGUCUUGUCCUUUAUGAGUGUGUUCGUCACACUGCAGUUGGAUUGAUUUUCGAUAAGUGUUAAUACAGUUCAUUCACUCCUUACGUAACAACUUGUGCUGAGAUCCUUUACACUGGUUAAUACGUAAGACGUGCCUAGCACAGUGCCUGGUCCAGACCAAGUGUUGAGUAAAACAUUACUUUGGGACAUUGAAGAGUUACCACAGUCAGCUCUGGAUAGAAAAGAUGCAUAGGAGGAGGCCAGGAGAAACCAGUUUAGAUCAGGAGCAAGAGUUUCAAGGGAGUCAGUGAGGUUCUGCCCAUGGUGGUUUAAAACUUGUUUCCGUAAUGUUGAGUUACAGCUGUCUUUCCAUGUCACCCGCAUACAGGUAAGGUGAUGUGACUAUUGGUGAGAGAAUUCAGCUUUACUCUACGUCUGACAAGUUUUAGGAAGUAUGUAGAGAACGUGGAUCAGUAGGCCUCUUGGAACAGAAGAACUGAAACAAUCGGAAAAAAAUGCAAGAUAUUCAUUUACAGAGUUAAAACUGCUGACAUAUCACUCAAGAAUUAGUUUGGAAAGAUUUGAUCUAUUUAAGAUCACCUGGGCAUAUGAACGAACUCUCGUCAACUUUUAAGGAACUGUCAACCUUGAGAUGAACUGGUCCAAAGCAGGUGUCAGUAAACUGACUCAGUGACCAAAGUCUCACUGAUUUUAUAUGGCCCAUGAUCUAAAUUUAAAAAAAAAAAAUUUUUUUUUAAAUGGUU